CCGGUUUCUACCGCACGCUCACAUUCAGGCGAAGUAGAUUCCUCAUUAACAAUGGACUUCUGGGCUGCUUAAGCGUCAUCAACAAAAGAACGUCCUUCGGCUGCUUUUACACAAGGCUAUAUCCAAACGUGCUUAUAUGUAGGUAGAUAGAUACAGUCAUACUGUGGAGGUUGCACUGAUUUUAGCAUGGUACAUACCUACAUAGGUACGUCGGUACUCACCCAGUUAUUAGUAUCGAAAGCAUCGCGCAUGACUGCCUGCCAGUGACGCCUUCGGGGAUUGCGACCAUGGACAGGCGCCUUUACUAGUAUGCCAACCUUGGAACAUACCCACCGGCCUUUCCGCUGGGAGUACUUCAAAGUUCUACUGGCAAUGAUAAGAAACCGGUGACCCAGUCGGCGAGCGGAUGGCGGAUCCGCGGAUGAGUGUUGGGCCCCCACCAACAACUACCUAAAAUCAGGUAGUGUAUCGACUUAGUGACUCCUUCACUGCUAAGUAUAACAGCUUGAUUGGCGGGGAACCUGCAGCACCAGCAGAUAGCGGACAUUAUGUGGGACACUGAGUGGCCAGCGACUUCGCUGAUGUGCUUAAGCUCCACUAUUAGCUCAGUGUCUGGAUGCCUGGGACUGCGGUGGAUGGCGCUGCGCUGCAGUGCCAGUGCGCAGUGGGUGUUUGGGCGCCUCCUCUCGCUGCUGCCCACUGGCCACUGGGCACCACUCCUUUCACCCUUUCCCUUCAGAUUUCCUCCUUCCUUUCUCUCCCCUGCUCUUGCUUUCCGUUGCCGGUCGCUCCUGCCUUGGGUCGCCCUUCCUUCUUCGCCUCCUUCCCUCCCCCCGUUUCCGACCUGCAACCUGCACUCUAUCCUCUCCCUGCCUGUACUCUCACUACUACUGCCCUCUAUCAUACUCGUCCACCACUAUACUUCGUACCACUUCAUACUCUUGUCUCUCCCGUUUGGUCGCCUUGGACGAAUUCUUCAGCCGUUUCUUCAGAUUCCUCCCUUGUUGUUACUAUUCAUUCUUCUUCUUUCACUCUAUCCUCUCCCUCCACGUCGACGCCUGCCUCCGCGGUAUAUUGGCCACCACCGGGAUCCGCUUAUCCCCGUCUUCUGCGUCAUUCAUUCCGCGCCAACACCCGACAUCUGUCCUCUGCUGUCUUCGAUAACGACAUUCCUAUUCUACAGGGCUUGCUUUUCGCUCCUUCUGCUCAUCUGGCGCUGCGCGCAUUUUAUACAGUCUAGUCUUUGUAAUAUUCAACCACUGUCAUCCUUAUUCUCAACCGUCCUGUACCGCUAAAAUAUCGGUCGCGCUCGAAAAUCACUGCCUGUUUGAUCUUGCCACCCCAGGUUAUAUCCGAGCAGAGUGACUGGAAAUUGUGUGCGCUUGAGCGUACUUGCACAGCAGCUGGCUACUGUCACUUUUUGCCUCGUCUGAACAGAUUGUCCUUUGUCACGAGGCAUUCGGAUACCUGUCUUCAGGAACGGACACUUAUGGCCGGCGGCAGCAACCUUAGUUCUCGGUGACUUGGCGGUCCAGAUGAACCACAGGGUAACGUGCACCUUCCAGUGUUGCGUUGUUCUGAGGAGCGCUCCGACAUGUUGCGCCUCCUGUCGUGGACGGGAUGUGAUAAGGUCAAUCCCGCUGAGAUGAGGAUGUUUGUCCCCAAACAAGAGUCACUUGUUUCCAGCGGUAUCACCAUGGCGUCUAAUCUUAAACGCAAACAAACAAGCGACCAUGAAAACCAAGGGUCGGAAAGGAAACGUGCCAAAACCGGUAGCCAAGAUACCCCAGACACGCAGUCCUUUGAUUCCACUCAAACCCCGUUCUCUGCUCAAAAGACGGCUACUUCUUCGUCUUCUUCGAUUGCAAAUGACCCUCCAUCAUUUCUGUUCUCCCCUCCAGAGAUCAAAUCGGAAGACUCCGACUUCCAUAACCUUGGUCAAAUGACACAGUCUGGGAAGGAUGCAGCUGCACGCUUACAGUCUAUGCGGAAUGUGAUUCAAACUCAACUCAGCUUGGAAAUUGUGCUCAAGCACAACGAGCUUCGGCUAAUUGACCAGGAAAUUGCCAAGUGUCAGGUGUCCUUAGAGCAGCUCCGGCGGUGUAAAGAGAUCCCAUAUCCAGGCACCCAGGGUCCCUCGUUAGCCGUCAGUGAUGGCAUAGGGCCGGCCCUGCGCAGCAGCUUUCCUACACCCCUUCCAGCAUCACCUGCUCCUUGGGGUGUAACCGAUGGUCCCUACACUCGACAUUACGCGAAAUGGCUCCUGCCGAGUCACCGAUUCGAUGGUGGUGAACCCGAACCUGUAACCACCUUCCCAGCGGGCAAGUCUCCCAUGAAGUCGCGGUCAACCAGAGGAAGCGUGGUGGAUGUUUCGCAGAAUUCAACUAGCUCUCGUGGUCAGCGUAGCGGCAAACUCAAAUCUCUACCGGCCGGAUAUGGUCAGCCAAAGGAAAAGGCUACAGGCCCCAUGAUUGUGAAGCGGAAAUCAGAUGGGCGGAUGGUCAAGCUCGUUUGCCCGGACUGUGGCAGACACGACUUUGGAAGUGCUCAGGGCUUCAUCAAUCAUUGUCGCAUAGGACAUGGUAGGAGUUUCGCAAGCCAUGAUGCAGCGGCAGAUGCCUGUGGAGAUCCAGUUGAACUUGACGACAGUGGAGCAAUGAUCGGUGUUGAGCCUACAGCUACACCUGCAACUGGCAAUGUCCAUCCGCUUGUCCGGUCUGCCAAAUUGUUGCAACCUACACCGCCUCGGGCCUCAGGAUCUCCGUCCACUUCACCCGGUACUGCUCGAGCCACCAAACGCAAGGAUGUGUCACCGGAAUUUAGAGGAUCUGUCUUGACACCAAAUCUUUCGGAGCUGGUUAAGAACCAGGGGCUCGGCUACGACCUUGAAGGGAUGGUGCGGGAUGCAAAAGAGAAGGUGGAGAUGCCAGAGUCAGAUUCGGAAGAUGAGACGAUGGAGGAUGAUGUUCCUCAGGCAAACAUGCCACAAGGGCGGCAUCCACAAGUUGCUGGGACCAAGCAGCCUCACAAAUCCACCAUGUCUCCCAUUUCUUCGCCUUUGCUGAGUACCAGCAUGUUGAGGUCAACAGAGAACACACGUCGUGGGCCUUUGCCACAAUUUGAUGGCGCGGACGAUGACCUCGGACCACAUCGUCCAAGGAGGAUGACACUUCCACUGAACCAGUCCACUAUGACGGAAAUGCAACCUGCAGAUCCGUCCCCCACGACAGAGUCGAACCAAGCCCCGAGUCUGGUCGACGACGACGAAGAAUACGAGGCACACUCGCCCUCGAGCAGUUCGGUUUCCGAUGAACAAGAUGAUGGCGAGGUGGAUUUCAAGAUUCGAGGCGACGAGGAUGACGAUCCACGGACGGUUCUGCCUGAAUCCGAUUUUCAGCCUGGUUGCACGCAACCAGCUAGACCUCCCUCCCACGUCAGACGACCUUCGGCCAUCCGACGACAGGGCGAAGAGCGGGAAGAGAAACAUGUUAGCUUCGUGAGCCCGAGUCCUGCCAGAGACUUGGCAGCCCCUCGUUCGGGCGGAGAUCGAAAGCGAAGAAGAGCUUGAGAAUUUUCAUCCCGAUGUGUUUGGUUUCAUAAACUUGUCUCUCGGGGAACUCGCAAGGCAGCAUUGACGGAGCUUGGGCGGGCAUGGGAGUUGGUGAAUUUUCUAUGGUGGUAGUUUCCUAUUACCGUGUUGGAUAUAUGAAGCGUGUGGUUGGUCAGAGACUCUCAUGCUGAAAUCAGAAUGUGUCGUGUAGAUAGAUAUCUGUUUCAGCCGAGGAAUAACGGCCGCAUGGCUGCACCUCAGGCUUGGAACACAAUAUGAAAGACUCAACUCCAAAGGUCUGGCGAUGAAAUAUCUUGUAAAGCCG